UCUCGCUGCCCGGCUCCCGGCUGGGAGCGGGCAGGGGGAGGGCGGGCGGCUGCCUCCGGCUGGGCACGGAGCAGCCCGGGGCUGGCCCUGAGGGGCGUCCCUCUCCUCGGCCCGCCGCCCUCUCCUCGCACGGAGGCGUCUCCCUGAGGGAGGGGAGCGCGGUCGGGCCGGGUGUGAGGAGUAACCCCUGGGCUGGGGGCGGGGGGGUGCCGGAGGCAGCGCCUCCACGCCUUUACCACUUCCCAAGCGCUGUAACUUCAGGGCUGCGCGCAGUUAGCUGCCGGCACGGCUGAGGCAGGAGGCUGCUGUGCGUGGUUGGAGGCUUCCCGUGUCGCCGUGUGAUGCGUAUCGAAGUAGGGGGAGUUUGGGUGGAGGUUUCUCGUGUAGCGCUGGGAGCCUUGGGGUCGCUCGGAAUUUCCCAGUCUUGCCUUUAGAAGCGUCUAAUUCUCUGUUUCUCAGCCGGGGUAAAAGGUGUAUGUGGGGGUGAGAUACCUGGGCUAGAAUGGCCCCAUCUGCCAUUCUUCUGGGUUUAUCUGAUACACAGGCGGUUCCAAAGACCUUGUUAUCUGCAUUCUUCUUCUGAUCAUCCUGUAGCGUUGGAUGUGACUUAAAAUGACUUCUGAUUCUGAAGGUCCUAUGAAAAAUACGCUGUGCUUGAAUGUUUGCUAAGGACAUUUGCUGAUGUGUGGUCAGGAUGAGUGGAUUAGGAGAAAACUCCUUGGAUAGCUUGACCAAUGAGUCAAGGAAGCGCAAGCCAUUGCCUUGUGAUACUCCAGGUGCAAGUCUGACCUGCAGUGGUGAAAAGCGUCGGCGUGAGCAGGAAAGCAAAUACAUUGAAGAACUGGCUGAGCUGAUAUCUGCUAAUCUGAGUGACAUUGAUAAUUUCAAUGUCAAACCAGACAAAUGUGCUAUUUUAAAAGAAACCGUGAGACAGAUUCGACAGAUAAAAGAGCAAGGAAAAGCUGUUUCUAAUGAUGAUGAUGUUCAGAAAGCUGAUGUGUCUUCUACGGGCCAAGGAGUUAUUGAUAAGGAUUCCUUGGGACCUCUUUUAUUACAGGCAUUGGAUGGUUUCCUGUUUGUUGUAAAUCGAGAUGGGAACAUAGUAUUUGUGUCAGAAAAUGUUACACAGUAUUUGCAGUAUAAACAAGAAGAUUUGGUAAAUACAAGCGUCUAUGGUAUCCUGCAUGAAGAGGACCGGAAGGACUUCCUUAAAAACCUACCAAAAUCUUCAGUUAAUGGAGUUGCUUGGACCAAUGAAACACCUAGACAGAAGAGCCAUACGUUUAAUUGCCGGAUGAUGGUGAAAACCUCUCAUGAUCUUUUGGAAGAUGUAGGCAGCCAUCAGGAUACACGUCAGAGAUAUGAAACAAUGCAGUGUUUUGCUUUAUCUCAGCCAAGGGCUAUGAUGGAAGAGGGGGAAGAUUUGCAGUCUUGUAUGAUUUGCGUGGCACGUCGUAUCACAACUGCUGAAAGAGUAUUUCCAACAAACCCAGAGAGUUUUAUUACCAGACAUGAUCUUUCAGGCAAACUUGUCAACAUUGAUACAAACUCAUUGAGAUCUUCCAUGAGACCCGGCUUUGAAGAUACAAUUCGUCGAUGUAUUCAGAGGUUCUUAUGCCAUAAUGAUGGACAGACAUGGUCAAACAAACGCCAUUAUCAUGAAGCUUACACACAAGGUCACGCGGAAACACCAUUCUAUCGGUUUUCUUUAGCAGAUGGUACUAUCGUGACAGCACAAACAAAGAGUAAACUAUUUCGAAAUCCUGUAACUAAUGACCGUCAUGGAUUUGUCUCUACCCACUUUCUUCAAAGAGAGCAAAAUGGAUAUCGACCAAAUCCUAAUGCAGUUGGGCAAAACAUGAGAACACCUGUGGCUGGAAAUACAAAUUCUGUCGGUGGUCUUAUGAACAUGUCACCCAGUCAAAGCAUGCCAUUACAGAACAGGAACUAUGGCAUGGGAGAUCCCAACGCAGUGGGUCAGCUGAACAACUCUCGAUAUGGAGGCCCUGGUAGUAUGGGGCCAGUGAACUCUGGACCAGGAAUGCAGUCCUCUGCCUAUCAGAACAACAGUUAUGGCUUAAAUAUAAGUAGCCCACCACACGGGAGUCCUGGUUUAACAUCCAACCAACAGAAUCUAAUGGUAUCUCCUAGGAAUCGAGGGAGUCCAAAAAUGAGUUCGCACCAGUUUUCUCCAGUUACAGGUAUGCACUCUCCAAUGGGAUCUGCCAGCAACACCAGCAACAGCACUUUCUCUAGCAGUUCUCUUAGUGCUCUUCAAGCCAUCAGUGAGGGUGUUGGAACUUCCCUGUUAUCAACACUUUCUUCUCCGGGUCCAAAAUUGGAUAAUUCCCCAAACAUGAGUGUAGCUCAGCAAAAUAAAGCAAGCACCCAAGACUCCAAAAGCCCUUCCAGCUUGUAUUGUGAACAAAAUCAAGUGGAAAGUUCCCUCUGCCAGUCAAACAGCAGGGAUCUCCUUAAUGAAAAAGACAGUAAAGAGGGGAGCCUGGAGGCACCUGAAAGUCAGAGAGGACAAUCUGAAAGCAAAGGGCAUAAAAAGCUGCUUCAGCUACUCACGUGCUCCUCAGAUGAAAGAGGACAUUCCACAGCAUCAAACUCACCGUUAGAAUCUAAUUGUAAAGAAUCUUCUACCAAUGUUACCAGUCCUUCGGGAGUUUCCUCAUCGACAUCUGGAGGGGUGUCUUCCUCCUCAAACAUGCAUGGGUCACUCCUGCAAGAGAAGCAUAGAAUUUUACAUAAAUUGUUGCAGAACGGUAAUUCUCCUGCAGAAGUAGCCAAGAUCACAGCUGAAGCUACUGGUAAAGACACAUAUCAUGACACUGGUAACACAGCCCCAUGUGGAGAAGGCACUGUCAAACAGGAACAACUGAGCCCAAAGAAGAAGGAAAACAAUGCUUUACUAAGAUACCUGUUAGAUAAGGAUGAUGUUAAGGAUCCACUUUCCAAAGAGUUGAAGCCUAAAGUAGAAAAUGUGGAUAAUAAAAUGGGUCAGUGCAGUAGUUCUACUAUUCCUACUUCCAGUCAAGAAAAGGACAUGAAAAUAAAAACAGAACCAACAGAGGAGAUGAGUGGAGACUUGGAUAAUUUGGAUGCAAUUUUAGGUGAUCUGACUAGUUCGGAGUUUUAUAAUAACGCUAUGUCUACAAAUGGGAAUAGUUUUGGAACAAAGCAAGCAUUAUUUCAAGGAAAUGCCUCAAUGAGUAUGAGGAGUCCCCAGUCUGUGCAGCCUACCCGUCCACCUUUCAACAGAGCCAUGUCUUUAGACAGCCCUGUGGGUUCGAGUGCUCCAGUGAGGAAUGUCAAUGCAUUCUCCAUGUUACAAAAGCAAAACUUGAUGGGUGGAAGUCCAAGAAUGAUUGAAAACCAGGAAAAUUUUGGAGCAAAUCUAGCGAGUGCUCCCAACAGAAAUGUAGCUAUGAAUCAACACCAGUCCGGAGACUGGGGUUUGCCAAACUCAAAGGUUAACAGGUUGGAACCUACAAGUUCUACUUCAGUGAUGAGACCAGGACCUGAGUUUAGUGCAUCACUGCCUAGACCCACAGCAGGCGGCUCUAUGCCUGGGCUGCCCGUUCGUUCCAAUAGCAUACCUGGUACAAGACCAAUGCUACAACAGCAAAUGAUUCACAUGAGGUCGAACGAGAUUAACAUGGGUUUGGGGGGGAAUCCCUACGGACAGCCAGCACCAUCUAACCAGCCAGGAUCGUGGCCUGACAACAUGCUGUCCAUGGAGCAAGCAUCGCGGGGUUCACAAAACAGACAACUAGUGAGAAACUCUUUGGAUGACCUCUUAUGUGCAGCACCAAAUGUGGAAGGACAGAAUGAAGAAAGAGCGCUUUUGGAUCAGCUGCACACAUUGCUGAGUAAUACAGAUGUCACGAGCCUGGAAGAAAUUGACAGAGCGCUAGGAAUUCCUGAUCUUGUAAACCAAGGGCAAGCUUUGGAAGCCAAGCAAGAUUCAUUUCAAGGUCAGGAAUCUGCAGUGAUGAUUGACCAGAAGCCUUCAUUAUAUGGUCAGCCCUAUCAAGGACAAGGGGCAGCCCUGCCAGGAGGUUUUAGCAACAUUCAGGGACAACAGCCAUCCUUUAAUUCAGUGAUGAAUCAGAUGAGCCAACAAAGCAAUUUUCCACUUCAAAGUAUGCAUCCUAGAGCAAAUGUGAUGAGACCUCGGACCAAUACACCAAAGCAGCUCCGCAUGCAACUCCAGCAGAGGCUUCAGGGGCAGCAGUUCAUGAAUCAAACCCGUCAAGCCCUUGAAAUGAAAAUGGAAAAUCCAGGCAGUGGUAAUACCUCAGUGAUGAGACCAGUUAUGCAGCCACAGGUGACAUCACAGCAACAAGGUUUUCUUAAUGCUCAAAUGGUGGCUCAGCGUAACAGGGAGCUAAUAAGUCAUCAUUUUAGACAACAGAGGAUGGCAAUGAUGAUGCAGCAGCAACAGCAACCUCAGGCCUUCAGUCCACCGCCAAACGUGACUGCCUCAGGAAGCAUGGACAGUGGUCUGACAGGCCCUCCAAUGGCUCAAGUUCCUCCGCAGCAAUUCUCCUAUCCACCUAAUUAUGGAAUAACCCAACAACCUGAUCCUGCCUUUAGUAGAGUAUCAAGCCCUCCCAAUCCAAUGAUGUCGUCAAGAAUGGGACCCUCUCAGAAUCCUAUGAUGCAGCAUCCUCAGGCGGCAGCAAUGUACCAGUCUCCUGAGAUGAAGGGCUGGCCCUCAGGAAGCAUGACCAGGAGCAGUUCUUUUCCACAGCAACAGUUCAGCCAUCAAGGUAAUCCUGCAACAUACAGUAUGAUGCACAUGAACGGCAGCAGUGGCCAUAUUGGACAGAUGAACAUUAAUACUAUGCCUAUGUCAGGGAUGCCUAUGGGUCCAGACCAGGUAAGUUGUCCAUAAUGAGUGAUGAUGGAUUGGCUCUUUUCCAACCAAGUAUGAUUUGCUUCAAGACAUUCCUUCUGGCACAAUCCUGUUCUCUGUUAGCCUCUUUGUCUUUACAUCUGUGGACAUACAACUUGUAUGACACAAGAUACAUACUAUCUUUGGUGAUAUUUAAAUCAAAUCCAUGAUGAAUCCAAGCAGCUGUGAUUAGUUGUUGACUUAGAAGUAUCAUAUAAAAUAGAAUCGAGGUUUAAACUGCACAAAGGACUUCACAAAGGGAGCUUGGAGAAAACCCAGAAAGGAAAACUCAGGGACUGUGAAAAAUACCUUCAGCAGAUGAGUCAGACCAAGAAUCCUGGUAUUGCAGUAUUUUCUGGCAGAAGCUAAUGGUGAUACUUACCCUUGUAACACCUCACAAUAUUUGUGUAUGCAUAGCAAGACACUAAGGAAUAUUUAGGCCUCUUAUUUAAGAGAAAAGUGAGCUAAUAACGGGUAUGACAAAGAAGGCCAAAAUACUAAAUAUACUUGUGCUGUAAGCUUUCCAUAAAAUGCCAAGGGAUAGGCAAUAUAAUAUUGAGAUGAGCUACAUUAAUUCAAGUUGCCAGUACUUCAUGCAGUUUUCUUUAAGGUACUUAAGUAGUAGCCAAAAUAAUCUGAGGACUUCUGCAAGACAAGUAAGGUAUUAGAGGACUUUGAUAAAAACCAGUACCUUUUAUAAAGAGGGAAAAAGGAAGUGAAAUGUCAUAUUUUCCAAAACCACAUCAUGCAGUGAAGAUACCAAAUAAUGUGUUUAGGGAAUUCUGGGGCAGCAUUUCUUUUCUACAAAUUUAUCUUCAAAAUGGAGCUCUAAAAUCUGUUCAGCUUAGAAAUUGACUGUCAGUACUUUCCUCUUCAAAAUGCAAAACGUUGACCAGUUUUUCCAGCAGAGGUAUUUUUUAUUUUUGCUGAUGAUGCUUUCUUCUUUUCUUUAACAGAAAUACUGCUGACACCUAAACCUGAUCUCCAAACAAGAAUGCGCUGUAUUAACGAUGCACUAGUAUUAUAAAGGAAAGUUACGCAUUCUUCAUGGCAACUAGUACUGGCCUUAUGGAAAUAAGGGAUUUUUCCUGCUAAUCACCAUGAUGUCCUAAGUUACUUCAUUCAGAGAAAAAAAAAAAAAA